CGUACCUGAAAUAGCUAGUCUAGUCAGCUACCAUGUACCAGGUAGCUAGUCUGCUAUUACGUGAGAACCUUCAAACAUAUCUUUUUGGAUCUUUCUCAGGCAGGUUCGACAUUGCUUAAACUCCAUCCAGAAGCGCGAUUGUUGUUGAUGCUGUUGUCGUUGGGCACAAAAAGAGACGAAGAAUCAAUCAAGUUGUAGACUAAUAACAAACAAGAAACUCCGACAAUGAAGACGUAUCUUCUCACCGGAGACAUUGGAGGGACCAACUCCCGCAUGGGUCUGUACUCGACGUCCUCCCCAGAACCCCUCAAGGUCAAGAUCUAUCGCAACCAGGACCAUCUUCCUACUGACAACCGAGAAGGAAGCACAGUGUUUCAAGACAAGAUUGUUGCACCAUUUCUCAAAUUGUGUUUUGAGGAGCUCAGCAUUAGCCCUGAUGACGCCAACAAUAUAUCUUCCGAUUUUCGGAUUGUGGCCUGCUUGGCAUGUGCGGGGCCCGUGCAAAACAAUAAAGUCCGUAUGAGCAAUCUGGGCUACCUCUCGGUCGACGGAGGCGUUAUCGGCAAUUCCUCCAAGCCAUAUUUGGUUCACAUCCAUCACUGUUCUGUCAUUAACGAUUUUGUGGCGCAAGGAUAUGGGUGCCUGACUUUGCAAUCCCAGGAGGUCAAACACUUGUACGGACCAAAAUCCUGGCCGGAUUCUGGACCCAAAGUUUGUGUGGGUGCCGGAACUGGAUUGGGAGAGUGCUACCUAACACCCGCAGUGGGUUCCGGAAUCUACUCUUGCUUCCCGAGUGAAGGUGGUCAUGUGGAAUACACUCCAAGGUCCGACCUUGAAAUCAAAAUGCUCAAAUACCUCCGGGAAAAGUUCGCCUCCAAGACCCGCAUUUCGGUGGAACGAGUAGUGUCGGGGAUUGGUUUGGCCAAUGUUUAUGAAUUUUUAGCACAGGAAUAUCCCGAUCGUGUGGAUAAAAAGGUCCAGGCAGAGUUUGAUGCCGCUGGAGAUGACAAGGGACGAGUGGUGGCAACCAAUGCAGGCCCAGGAAGCCUGUGCCUGGAAGCCAUGGACCUCAUGAUGAGUGCUUAUGGUUGUGAGGUUGGCAAUGCCGCAAUCAAGUUCAUGCCCACGGGUGGACUAUUUGUUACUGGAGGACUGACUCCCAAAAAUAUCAAGCACAUUGAGGGGGCAGACACUAAGUUUAUGCAAGCUUACGUGGACAAAGGUCGUGUGAAGACGCUGCUGGAUACUGUGCCAACUUUUGCUGUCCUGACUGAAGACCUAGGUGUUCGGGGAGCCUACAAGUGUGCCAUGAUGGACUUCGAGCGUAUCUGCGGCGCAAGCCAUGAGCAGAGCCACAAAAAGGACAAGGAUGAGAAACUUGGAAUGAUCCUAACCAUGGUUUCCGUUGCGGCUGCUGCCUAUGUUACUGGAGCCAUGCUUUCAAAGUCCAAGUAAGUAGCAACGAUGACUGCAUAGGAUAGGAGACAAAAAUUUCGGUUGCACGUUCUAGCUAGCCUCAGGUUGCUGAACCGGAAGUAGCUGAUGAAUAGUUCUCGGUGCAUACUAGUACACUGGAUUGUGUCCUAAACAACAUAUCUACCUAGUUCCUUUCGUACUUCU